CUUCCCCGCGGGCGGCGCCGCAGCGCGAGGGGCCGCCGGGCGCAGGCGACAUGUCCAAGAAAAAAGGACUAAGCUUUGAAGAGAAGAGAGCUCGCAUGAUGGAGAUCUUUUUUGAAACAAAAGACGUGUUCCAGCUGAAGGAUAUAGAGAAGAUUGCUCCAAAAGAAAAAGGGAUUACAUCCAUGUCAGUGAAGGAGAUUCUGCAAAGCUUAGUGGAUGAUGGCAUGGUGGACACUGACAGAAUUGGAACUUCCAACUAUUUCUGGGCCUUUCCAAGUAAGGCUCUUCAUGCCAGGAAGCGUAAACUGGAAGAACUGCAGGCUCAGUUUGCUGAAGGCACUCAGAAGAAGGAGGCUUUGCAGAAAAACAUUGAGAAAUCCAAAAUCGGACGUGAGGAUACUCCUGAACGUGCAGCUCUAAUAGAGGAACUUGCAGCUCUCCGGCAGAAGAAAGAGCAGCUAAAGGCAGAGAUAGACAAAUACAGAGAAUGUGAUCCAGAUGUUGUUGAAGAAAUGCGCCAAACAAACAAAGUAGCCAAGGAGGCAGCCAACCGAUGGACGGAUAACAUCUUUGCAAUAAAGUCCUGGGCCAAGCGUAAAUUUGGAUUUGAAGAAAGCAGAAUUGACAAAAGCUUUGGAAUCCCAGAAGAUUUUGACUACAUUGAUUAAUGUUCAGCAGUUGAUUGCUGACACAGUUGUAAAUAGUUKGUUAAGUAUUGCUCAGUUGGCAUUUAUAGGUAUAUAUGAAUGCUCUCCAAACAGACUAUCCCCUUUUAAUUUUGAGAUUUUCUUACAGUUAAUAAAAUUCUAAAAAUACCAUUCCAAUUUCUUUUUAACUUCUUUUUUCCAUCCUGAUGCUCUUUGGAAAAUUAAUUGCCCCUGUGUAAGACAAGCCAAGAUUGGACCGAGAUUAUAGGGAAUAAUUAUCACCUUUGUGCUUUUGCUCAAUUGGAGGUGAUAUAACUAAGCUAGAAGCUCCAAGGAAUUAUGUUUAAGCAAGGUGAAGACACUGGAAAUAUUACUGGAAGAUAYGCAAGAAAAGUUUUCCCUGAGGCACAAAAAGUGUGUAAUCCAUCYGAGGCAGUAUGAGAUGAAGAGAAAGACCCGGGCUUGAUUUCUCCUUUUGCUUUACUGUGUUGCUACAGUUGCUUGUGAGUUCAGAGACAAAUGUUUUUUGUUAUUUGAAGAAAAAGAAAUGGUUCAUCAGAGCUCAGUCUUUUCCUGUAUGUGUAGUAUAUUUGAGAAUAUUUGUUUUGAGAAUUUCUCUCUGAUUGAGGUUGAAGCUGCAUUGGAGAGAACUGAUCCAUCCAUUUGCAUCACAGUCAACUUUAGAUGCUUGUUUGGGAUGCGAGAGACCAAAUUCAAAUUGUUGAUCAAAACUGGGCAGAUUUGGGCCUGUUUUGAUUUAUGUAUAUUUUUCAAAUUUAAAUAAAAAGCACAGCCAAUGAAAAUAGUAACAAAUUUCCAAAAGUCUCGCUUUUUUUUGCUGAAACUUCACAAGCUGAACUUUUUGCUGAAACUUUGCUUCCCUUGAACUUCUGCUUUCUGACUCUGGUCAUUGCAUGGCCACAGAAGGAGGAUGGAAACUAUAAAUUGGUCUUGGAUCUCCCACAUUGGUGAACUGCAAGACCACAUCUCUGCUGUGCAACUUCAGAGGUCAUUACAGGUUUGCCAGCCAGGAUAAUAAUCUAUAUACUUUUAGAAGACAAUUAUACCUUGUGCUAGA